GGCUUACUGCGACAUGGACUCAGAGGGAGGACGCUGGACGGUUUUCCAGAGGAGGAUGGAUGGCUCUGUAAACUUCUACAGACCCUGGGCGGAGUACAAGAGAGGCUUUGGAAACGCUGCUGGAGAGUACUGGCUGGGUCUUGAUAACAUCCAUGAAUUGACACGGAGUCAGAAUUAUGAACUGAUGGUCGACAUGGAGGACUUUGAAGGAAACAAAACGUUUGCUCUUUACUCUUCAUUUAAAGUCGAUGCUGAGUGUGAGGGUUACCUUCUGCAUGUAAGCGGUUUCAACAACAAAGGGGGCGCUGGAGACAGCCUUGUCCGUCACAAUGGAAUGAAAUUUUCCACCUUUGACAAAGACCAGGACGAGUCGGGCGGCAACUGUGCCAAAAUUCAUCUCGGUGCUUUCUGGUACUAUGCUUGUCAUGGUACAAAACCCAAUGGGGUUUAUCGCUGGGGGGCUGAUGACACACUCUAUGCUAUUGGAGUGGAAUGGGGUACAUGGAAGGGAGUUAAUUACUCCCUGAAGAGCAUCAGCAUGAAGAUCCGUCCUGCCCAGUAAAUCUGCAGGUUAAACAUCCAGCAAAAAAUAAUGAAUUGCUUUUUUCUUAUAAUCAACCAUCAACUUUUAGCUUCAAACAUGAGUCAAAAGUUCACUUGAUUACUAAUCAAUAUAAUCCAGUUGAUUGUUCUUUAAAUCAUUGGUGAGAGUUUGCUACCUGUAACCAAUUUAUCUCUGAUAAUAAAUAAAAUGCCAGCAGCAAUA